AUGAGCAAGAAAAACAACAGGCGUGCUCACCAAGAACGCUUCCAUAUCAUUGCCAAAGCGCAAAUCCAAGAUGAACUCAAACGAUCUCAGAAAAGGCUCAAUAAACAAAUACAAAAAUCGGUUCUUAAUAAAUUUGGAUACAUUUAUAUCGCAGAACAUAAUCAAUUAAAGACUAAUGAUGUCAAGAUGAAGAGUGUUAAAUCCAAUAUCCCAGAAGGUUACAUAAGAAGGAGAAAUAAGAAGAUUCUUGAUGUUAUAAGGAAGAGGGAGAGGAAAGGGGCCAAAAUAGUUACUAUGAAGUUGGAUUAG